AUGGCUGAGCCCAUCAAGAACAGACGGGACGUCACUGCCCCGACCCCGCAGAACACUCCCGCCAACAACGCCCCCAUCUCUUCCCACGCACAACAGCCUGGCGUUGCCAGCAUCAAGGAAGAUGACAUGGCUGAGCGCGCUGCCGCUGCCUCUCUCUUCGCCCAGAACCCCGCUCUUGUCUCAAUGAUCCAGGGCCGCCUGGGCUCCCUGGUCGGUCGCUCGUCCGGUUACAUCGAGAAUCUCCCUGCUCCCGUCAAGCGCCGUGUUGCCGGCUUGAAGGGCAUCCAGAAGGAGCACUCGAAACUCGAGGCCGAGUUCCAGGAGGAGGUCCUCCAGCUGGAGAAGAAGUACUUCGCCAAGUUCACUCCCCUGUACCAGAAGCGUGCCGAGAUCGUCAACGGUGGCACUGAGCCCACCGACGAGGAGGUCGAGGCCGGCGAGGAGGACGAUGAGGAAGAUGAGGAGGCUGCUGAGGGCGAGAAGGAGCCCGAGGAGAAGCCCGCCGAGUCCACCGAGAAGGUCGACGGCAUCCCUGAGUUCUGGCUCUCUGCCAUGAAGAACCAGAUCUCCCUGGCCGAGAUGAUCACAGACCGUGAUGAGGCUGCCCUGAAGCACCUCACCGACAUCCGCAUGGAGUACCUUGACAAGCCCGGCUUCCGCCUGAUCUUCGAGUUCGCCGAGAACGAGUUCUUCACCAACAAGACCAUCACCAAGACCUACUUCUACCAGAACGAGAGUGGGUAUGGUGGCGACUUCAUCUACGACCACGCCGAGGGCGACAAGAUCGAAUGGAAGGAGGGUAACGACUUGACGGUCCGCAUCGAGAGCAAGAAGCAGCGCAACAAGAACACUAAGCAGACCCGCAUCGUUAAGAAGACCGUACCUACCGAGUCCUUCUUCAACUUCUUCUCACCUCCCAAGGCCCCCACUGAUGACGACGAUGACGCCGCAUCUGACAUCGAGGAGCGCUUGGAGCUGGACUACCAGCUUGGUGAGGACAUUAAGGAGAAGCUGAUCCCCCGCGCGAUCGAUUGGUUCACCGGCGAGGCGUUGGCAUUCGAGGAGAUAGAAGACUUCGAUGAGAACGACCUCGACGACGAGGACGAUGAGGAUGACGACGAUCUUAGUGAUGAUCGUGAUGAGGACGACGAGGAGUCAGAGGAAGAUGUACGUUUGCCUCUCCCCAUUCGUCCCUGA